ACUCGUCUACAAUUUUCAAUGUUUUGAAAACAUGGCGCUCACAUUGUCAGAAGAAGUCGUUCGAAACCGGGUGAAUCUACAGCACGACAAUUUAGAGGAUGUUAAAGCUUUGUCACUACCAGGCACCUAUCAUGAGAAGGUUGUUUGUCUGGGAAAUUCUCUUCGGAAGUUUUCCAGAUUAAAAUCCCUAGAUCUCUCAAGGAAUUCCAUAGCUAGCCUACAGGGUCUGGAACAUUUAAAGUUGCUGGAGAAACUCAAUCUAUACUACAACAAUAUAGAGACAAUGGAUGAGUUGAAGAGGUUGCGAUUUAACACUAGCCUAAAGGAUCUAGAUCUGCGACUGAACCCCAUCACCCGAACAGAACCUGAUUACAGACUCUACAUGAUUCACAUGCUACCAAACUUACAAAAACUGGAUGACAGAGGAGUGAGGGACAGAGAAAGACAGGCAGCGCUGGUCCACUUCAGUUCUAGCCAGGCCACAGAGAUGACCCAUCACCCCCAUCAAGAGGAGCCUGAACACAAAGCAUCCAACCCACGGGCAGAGAUGGUCAGGGGGGUUGGCAAGGGGGUCAGCGCCCUUGAUGAUGAUGAUGUAGCUGUCCUUGACCUAAUAGCAAGGUCAGGUGGUGACCUUAGUCGACCUCGUCCAAUAACUGGGUCAUCUGCAAAGGAAGACCAGGCACAGGAGUACUCAUUGGAUGUGUUGAAAAGCCUGGAUACAGAACAAACAGAUAGCCCAAGGGAGAGACCCACUAGUCCAACACCUGCAGUUAUAAUGGAUGAAAGGUUAAAAGGUUAUGCAGAGAAAUAUCCCAACAUUCCUGUGGUGAAUGUUACGUCUUACGAUGAUCCUCAGUCACGACAUGAUGCAAAUCUUCAGUAUGAGGAUGAGGCAGAGGCUUACAAUAAGUUUAAGAGUCACGGCUACUUUACCCCCCACCCUAAUGCAGAAUUCGAGCACAACUUGAAUCAGAGGGAAAUAACCCAGGAUCCCCCUCGUGUACCGACACAGAGAAGGAGAUCGUUUGGUGAGGAUGAGGACAUGCAUCAACGAUCAAACAGUGCUCCUUCAAAAAAAGUAGAGGAUGACUUUGGGAUCCACAGAGUGAAUGGAACUGACCAUCCGAACUCUCCAGAUGAUUCUAAAAUUACCAGUGGAAGUAUAAGGGGCAUGGCUCCUGAAACACCUGAAAACAGGGCCUUCCUUUUCAAAAUCCUUGAUUUAGUUGAUAGAUAUUGGAAUGGUUCAAAGUCCCUACAUAAGCAUGCCAAGUUCAAAGCUCUUGCCUAUGGUGUAAUUGAAAACUUCAUGAAAUCAGACAAUGAAACAGAAAAACGACAUCAUCUAGAGGGUCAUCUAAAAACUCUCCAAGAUGAGAACUAUCGUCUAAGGAAGUACGAAGAAGCCGCCAAAGCAAACUUAGCUGAUAGCUCUGUCAAUGAGACACAACUGAAAAACUCACUCACAAAGGCUUAUAAAGAUGUGGAACAAUUAAAAGACAAGUUACAAAAGUAUAUGAAUGAAAAUAGAAAGCUGUCAUUUCAACUCAAAGAAGUGGAGGAUUCAAAGCACAAUACAGUCUCAAGUCUCAAUCCGGCACAACUUGAUGAUUUACAAAGACAGAAUGAGAUACUUAAGUCUGAGGUGGAGAUGUUACAGAUCCGACUGAAACAGUUUGGUCAGGUCCAGGAACUGGCCAGCAUGUUACAGGAGAGUCACAAAUCGUUAGUGAAUACAAAUGAUCAUCUGCUGAAGGAAAUGGAGGACACAAAACGUCGUCAUCACAAUGAAAUUCAGCAGAUGAAUUGGAGUUAUGAACAGCUGAAGAAAUCUAUGAACCUGUCUCGAGAGAAUGCCAGCUUGGUUAGGGAGGGACUUUCUCGGGGUCAGGCAAGGCAGGACUAUAACAGUACAGAUAAACUGUCUGGAUCAGCGCUGUUUUACAGGGAUACAGAAUCAUAGCUCUUUGUUCCUUAUUUUAUGAUGACAUACUGAUCAGAUAGGGUUCCGUAAACAGUAUCAAUAUUAAAGCAUUUAUUUACAGUAAAGCCAUUGUUUCAGUCUUCAAUGAUGAUGAGAAACAUUUGAGUUAUUUUAAACUUUGCAUGCAAGGUAAUUAAGCAACACAUUCUAAUGCAAUUGUUUUGUAAUCUGCAUUUUGAUUGGCCAAUACACUGAUUUUUGAUGGAGUUAAAUGAGCAUUAACAAGAAUGAAAGGUUUUGACUGUGACAUCAUAGAACGAUACAAAAACUCAACGUUUUGUGAUGUACCUCAUUUAAAAAAACUGAACAAAAUAAUACAUCAACACCAAACAAAAUGCAUGAAUUGCAUUAGAAUGGGAAAAACAUCCUUUUUACCCCUGAUGUGUUGCUGGUAAAACUCAAUUUGCGACCAUUAAAUCUGCAUUAAGGGUCACAAAUAACAAAUGAGAAGGUCAUUAUUUCCUAAAUGAAUAGACCCUUUGGAUGUAAUAAAAACAGGAAAAAAAAUCGCAAACUUUCAAAAUAAUGAAAAUAUGGUUAAAAACAUCUCUUUUUUUCAACUUUAAAAAAUGUUUAUUAGAGGAUGCAAACAAAAUAAACAUGCAAAAAUAUUUUAAAGAAAUUUUUUAUUUUUUUAUUCAGGAAGUAA